CGCUCUUUCUGGAAAGCCAAAGGGUUGUGGAGUAUGGUUUAGAGCCAAAGAGUGGCGAAAGAAGACGAUGGGAGAGCCUCAUGUCCGAGAAGCAUCCCAGACACAGCCAAAUUCAGACAAUGGAUAGGAAGAUGACACAAAAUGUUGUGGGUGUGGGUGUUGCUGGGCUUGGAUGAUGUCGCAGAAGAGACAGCAAGAGGAUGUGAAGGCCCAUCCAGAAGGGAGUGGUUCUGAGGAUAAGCGUAGGAGGCUUCCUACUUUCAGGAAUGUGGUCUGGGAGGUUAUGAAAAUGCAAUCAGUCCAGAAUUUGCUGGAGCCAAUUCUAGAGCCCUUGAUUCGUAGAGUGGUCAAAGAGGAAGUUGAAUUGGCCCUAAGAAAGCAUUUAAACAGCAUGAAGCAGAAUUGUGGGAAUGAGGUACAUACUUCGGAGUCGAGAAGCUUACAUCUGAAGUUCAUUAACAACCUCUCUCUUCCAGUAUUUACUGGAGCUCGAAUUGAAGGAGAAGAUUGUUCCAACAUACAAGUAGCUUUGGUUGAUGCUCACACUGCACAACUUAUAACUUCUGGGCCGGAAUCCUCGGGCAAGGUGGAAAUUGUAGUUCUUGAGGGUGAUUUUGAUGGUGAUGAGCAUGAAAACUGGACAACCGAAGAGUUUAAAAACAACAUUGUGAGAGAGAGGGAAGGAAAGAAGCCCUUACUUACAGGAGACGCGUUUGUAAAUCUUGAAGACGGCACUGGUGUGGUGGGUGAGAUUUCUUUUACCGAUAAUUCAAGCUGGACGAGAAGCCGUAGGUUCAGGCUAGGGGUAAGAUUUGUUGACAACAUUGAGGGAGUUAGAGUAAGAGAAGCAAAGACAGAAUCCUUUAUUGUCAGGGAUCACCGUGGAGAAUUGUACAAGAAGCAUCAUCCUCCUUCUUUGUUAGAUGAAGUAUGGAGAUUAGAAAAGAUUGGCAAAGACGGAGCUUUCCAUAAGCGAUUGAGUCGGGAAAACAUCACCACCGUGAGAGAUUUUUUGACCCUACUCUUCAUAGACCCUCCAAGGCUCAGAAACAUACUUGGCACAGGUAUGUCAGCUAAGAUGUGGGAAAUCACUGUGGAUCACGCUCGGACAUGUGUAAUUGAUAAGAGGGUGUUCUUGUACUGCCCUUCAAGUUCUCAACAGAAAAAUGGUGUGGUCUUUAAUAUUGUGGGACAAGUGAGGGGACUGCUUUCAGAAUGCCAGUAUGUUCCUCUGGAUAAGCUGUCUGAAACUGAGAAGGCGGAUGCCCAGAACUUGGUGAUUUCUGCGUUCGAACACUGGGGGGAAGUCAUGUCUUAUGACGAGGAGGCCUCGCUUGAGGGGGGCUCUUCACACUUAACCGAUGUUCAUUACCCUGCAAGCUCACCCAGGACAGAGAGUUCCAAUGGGAGCAAGUUUUUGGCGUCUCACAAGAUUGGUGGAUUUGAUUACACACAAUGUGCAUCUUCUCCAGAUCUCAUUUCAACCAUCUAUUCUGUUGCUGGUUCUAGUGGUUUGGAUGAUUAUGCUAGCUUGCACAAUAUUGAUGGUAUGGGGCUCAGAUAUGACCCGCCUUUGAGUUUCCCAGGCCAAGUCCCCAGCUCCCUCAUUUGUGACACAGACCCCAUGACUCAAGCUUUCUGUGAUGAGGAUCAUCUGCAAUUUUUUGAUACCGCCAUUCACUCUCAUAACCUCGAGUUAGAAUCAUCCUCGGAUCUUCAAAGUGCCGUUGACAACUUCCUGUCAGUGGCACGUUCUACAGCUGUUGCUCAGAUGAGAUGGACAAAGGUAUUUAGUGUGUUUAAAUGGUUCUCAAUUCGGAAGGUUGUGAAUUGUAAAAACAAGAAUCUGGGUUCGAGAAAAUCAGAGAUACAGUAAUGGAUAAAAAAGAGAAAAAAAAGAAAAAGAAAAAACAUGAGUGGUUACAUUUGCAAAAUUUAGUGCUAGAGUGCUGCCCAUAUAAUUUUGCGUGCAGUUGUAGUGAGACAAGUCGGUCUAGCUUAUUAGAUGUAAAUACGAUGGUGGUUCAAGUGUCUUAGCCAACUGGUGAAAGAUCAGAGAACUCUCGUUUUGCUGAAAUCAAGCUGUAUAUGUGUAGAAGGUCUUUUCACAGCGUUAGGGAAAGUUUGUGGUAUUUGUUGUUGCUCGAACGUCAAAAGUAAUAAUGCCCGGACGCUUAAUAUUCUGUAGCUUUUCAUGUCAGAUAAUAGUUUUGCAGCGCAUCAUUUGUUCAAUAAAGGUAUUCUGAUUUUUUUUUUUUUUUU